UGCCGUAGAUGGUUCACUUUGUCGCCGUUCUCUCCCAUAUCUCCGGCGAUUUCUCUCCGCCGACAGCUCGGCUCCUCCUCUUCUUAUCUCUUCUCUCAAAAGCGGAUUCGAAAUUUGAAUCAAAAGGUAGCAGAGCUCGCGACGGAACACAAAUCUCUCUCUUCAUUCAUCACUGUCACCCAUGUUCGCGUUGAAAGAGAAAUUUACGGAGAGUCUUUCCCGUCUUUUUGCCGAUUCCCCGAAUUCCGCUUCUCAUUCCUUAACCCCUCUUCACGACCCUUCUUCCGUCAAGUCAUACUCCAAAGAAGGGAAAGCUCUCUCUUCCUACUUUUCCUUUAUCAUCCCAUCCACAGGCUUGGAAGGAUCCAAAUCAGGCAAAAAUGAGAGCAAUUACAAGCCACGUCAGCCUCGCCCUGUGGAAUAUGAUAUUGUCAAUUUUGAUUCUCUUGAACCCUUGGACAACUUUGAAGGGUACAGUGAAAAUAAAGAAUGCAGUUUAGAAUGUGGGAACAAGGAAAUCCUAGAUAACGAAGAAGAUUUUGAUGACUCUUUCUCUGGAAGGAGUACUAGUAGUUCUGAAGUCUUUGAAGAAGCAACUUUCCAGCCAGGUCCACUGAAGUCUGUGAUGAAUCUCACGGUUGAUUCUGUUUUGAUAUCUUUUGAUAUAUAUGAUUUCCUGCUACAAUGUCUUCCUAAUAUCGUGAAAGGGUGUCAAUGGGUCUUGCUAUAUAGUACAUUGAGACAUGGCAUAUCUCUUCGAACUCUCAUCCGCAAAAGCAAUGAACUUUCUGGUCCUUGUUUACUGGUUGUAGGUGAUAGGCAAGGUGCUGUAUUUGGUGGUCUUCUAGAAUGUCCACUGAAGCCUACUGCAAAGAGAAAAUAUCAAGGAACAAAUCAAACUUUUGUCUUUACCACCAUGUAUGGUGAACCACAGCUCUUCAGGCCUACAGGAGCGAACCGCUAUUACUACAUGUGUAUGGAUGAUUUACUAGCACUUGGUGGUGGUGGCAACUUUGCUUUACGCCUCGACGGAGAUCUGUUGAAUGGAACCAGUGGACCAUGUGAAACAUUUGGUAACUUGUGCCUGGCACAUAAACAGGAGUUCGAGUUGAAGAAUGUUGAGCUGUGGGGUUUUGCUCAUGCUUCACAAUAUCUUACAUGACAAACAUGGAACGGCUUGCAAAUUGUGCUGUUUUAAAUUAUUGGGUACAUUUUAUAUUAACAACUUUAGUUUCACAAUUUCAAAUGUCUUUAGUAUCUAUCUUUGUAUAAUCAUAUUUUUUAGUGUUCCCCCAAACGAUAYAUGUUUCAUUAUUAUAAAUAAAUAUAUUUGCAAAAUGGGAAGUAAACAAUUUAAAAUACAGUAGCAGCGAAGUUCCAUUGUC